UCAGCGCUUCGGUUUUCAGGUCACGUGGCCUCGCGGCCAACUGGAUGACGGCCUGAACGGGCAACAACAAACAUGGCAGCGGCUCCGGAGAGGAGCUGGACGGAGGAGAAGGAGAGGACGCUCAUUGCGUUUUUCUCCAAGAACAGCUGUUUGUGGAACUACAAGUCAGAGAACUACAAGAACCGGGAUCUGCGAUGGAAAACCCUGGAGCAUCUCCGGAUCCUGCUCUCCUUCCAGCCGCCUCCCGUUCCGUUCACAGUGGAAGACAUCAAGAACAAGUUUAAGAACCUGCGUACGACGUUCCAGCGCCAGUACAAGCUGGUGCGUCAGAGCGGCGAGGCCGGCCUGGUGCCGCAGUGGAAGCACUACCAGCAGCUGAGCUUCCUGCAGGGCUGCUGCGAGCCAGAGGAGGGCGCCGACGAGACGCCGCCCUCCCCGCCUGCAGAGGAGAACUGGCUCCCGCCCACCUCCCCCGGACUCGGCAUCUCCUUCCUCCACUCCUCUUCCUCAGGCGGCGCCGCUGGGAGGAGCUUCUGGACGGAGGAGAGGGAGCGGGAGCUCAUCGCGUUCUACGCAGAGCACGGCUGUCUGUGGAACAGGAAGUCUGAGAAUCACAACAACCGGCAACUCAGACAGAAACUCCUGGAGUCCCUCAGGAUCCGGCUCUCGGACCAGCUGGUUCUGUUUUCUGUGGAAGACGUAAAAUCCAAGUUCAAGAACCUUCGGACGGUUUUUAACCGGGAAUUCAAGGCGGUCCAGGCGAGCAGAACCUCGGACCAACCCUACGUGUCCAAGUGGAAACACUUCCACCAGAUGCUCUUCCUCUGCGAGUCGUUUGAGGAAGACGAGUUUCCUGACGGCCCGCAUGAAGGAAGCCGGACUUCCUGUUCCCAAAGCGGCGUCUCCGCCUCCUCCUUCGACGCCUGCAGCAUAAAGACGGAGAGCAACACCAUCAGCUGCUCCGCCUUCCAGGGUUUGUUCCCAUCAGCUCCAGACCAGACCGAGCUAAUGGAUCCCAGAGCGCCAUCCGGAUCGCCGCCGGACAGGAAGCCCGGUCGGGUUUUGGUUCCGGCUGACGACAGGGCGAGCGGCGAGUCGCGCUGCCUCUGGAGCGAAGCCAAAGUUCAGCAGCUGAUCUCGUUUUACGCCGAGCACAGCUGCCUGUGGAACCAUCGGGUCGACAGCUUCCGGAACCGGCUGCUGCGGCAGAGCCUGCUGGAGACGCUGAGCGGCCUGCUGUCCGCCGGAGAGCCCGUCCCGUUCACAGUGGAAGACAUCAAGACGAAGUUCAGGAACCUGCGGACCAUCUUCCAGCGGGAGCACAAGGCGGUGAGCGCCAACAGAACCUGCGGUUCCGAGGAUUUCUACCUGCCCAAGUGGAGGCACUACCUGGACCUGCUGUUCCUCUGCGACUCCGACAACGACGAGGCCUUCGCCCAGACCCGGCCCGCCUCCGCCCAGAACCCGGCCGUCCCGCUGGCCCCAACCCCGCCGCGCUCCUGGCUCUCCUGCUCUUCCUCCUCCUCCUCCUCCUCGUCUUCGACCCGCAGCAGGAAGCGAGCGGGCCGGCCGGCGGCGGCGCCGAGGAGCGGGCGCCGCGGCGAGGCGCCGCACGCCGGCUUCCUGAAGUACGUGGAGGAAUGUCUGAACGAGGCGCCGCCACACAAAGUGAAGAGGAUGAAGAAGAAAAUCAUCGAGACGAUUCACAACCUGGAGGAGGACGGAUGAAAAACACUUCAAAAAAUACUGUAGAGUUUACAGCAAAGUACUGGGCCACUGAGAGAAUAUAGAAAUAAAAUAUGAGAAUAAUGUCAAAAUAAUAACGACAAUAACGUCAAAAAGAUUAAAAAAUAAAAUAAAAUCAUCAAAUUAUGAUAAUAAAAUCUAAAUAACAUGAAAAUAGUCAUAAAAUAGUCAAGAUGAUUCAAAAUAGUCAGAAAAUUACAAAAAAGUUCUAAACUUUUAAGAAUAAAGUCAAAAUAAUAUGAAAAUAAGAUCCUAAAAAUAAAAAAAUAAAAUUAAAAUAGUAAUAACAUUGUAACAAUAAAGUCCUAAAAUUACAAGAAAAAAGUGAAAUAAUGAGGAUAAAGUCAUAAAAUUCCCACUUUAUUCUCAAAAUACUAUUUUUUAUACUAUUUCAACUUUACUCAGAAUUUUACAACUUUAUUCUCAUGUGAUUUUUUUUCUUGUAGUAUUUAAUUUUAUUGCCUAAAUAUUGUCUUCUCAUAAUUUAUUUCAUUUUUUCUUAUUGUGGCCCUAAAACAUCAUUCAUGUUCAUAUUUAAAUAGAAAUAUUUAAUGCUGUAUUUAAAGACGUUUUGUUUUUAUUUGCACUGUAAUACUUCCUAAUUGUGUUUUACAGUGUUUUAGUUGAUACCACAGUGCCUUACCAAAUUUAAACGUAUCAAUAAAUAUUUUCUUUUGGUUUAGUUUUCCUGUAAUAUUUCAUUUUUUGUGCUUUUAUUUUUAUUUUUAUUUAUGAAUGCACAAAUUAAUUCCUUUCUCAUUGUUAAUAUUCUGAGUUUAUUCAUAUUAAAGUUCUAGAGCUGAAGUUCAGACGUUAAAAAUAAACAGAAAUGAAUCGUGAAUCUGAACAGAUCAGUCAUUCAUCCUUUUAAUAAAACAUCAUUCAUUCUGA